AUGGACGAAAAUACACUCUUUGCCAUUCGCAAUCUUUUCUACUCUGGAAACUAUAACCAGGUUAUUGCCGACACCACCUCAUCAAGGACGCGUGCUUCAGCUAAUCAAGUCACCAUUCAUCAACUGGACCUUUUCCUCUAUCGUUCACUUAUCGCCAUCAAAGAUUAUAACCGUGUUGCUCAGGAGAUCACUGAGUCUCAUGCAUUGGGUCUUCAGGCUUUGAAAGCUCAAGCUGUAUAUUUAGACGCUGUGCAGUCUGCAGAUGCUACGGGGCGUGAUGCUGCACUGUCACACCUCAGAGAACUUCUCCUUAUCCACUCACCAGAGGAUUCACAGCCAGAAGUUACGGCAUUGGAAGUUAAAGUAGUGGUAGGUCAGGUCUUGGGUGCCGAGGGUCUGGUUGAGGAAGCAUUGACUGUUCUCUUGCCGCAUAACAACCAUCUAGAGAGCGUGGCAGUCGUUGUUCAGAUUUAUCUCCAGAUGAAUCGUCUGGAUCUAGCUAAAAAGGAAGUUGAGGCUUGCAAGUCCUGGGCUGAGGAUGCUAUGUUGGCUCAGUUGAUGGAGGCAUGGGUCGGGCUUCGUGUUGGAGGAGGAGAGCGUUACCAGAAUGCAUAUUAUAUCUAUGAAGAAAUCGCUACUUCAAGCACAUCGCCAACAGUCAAGUCAUUGGUUGGUGAAGCGGUCUGUAACAUUCAAAUGGGUCAAUAUCCAGAGGCUGAAGGGAUCUUACAGGAGGCAUUGGCUAAGGAACCCACCAACACAGAUGCAAUUGUGAACCAAAUCGUCCUCUCAACCCUGCUGAACAAGCCCAUUGAGGAAAUUAACAGCCUUGUCCAACAAUUACAGAGCGUAGCACCUAAUCACAGCUACCUACAAGAUCUAGACCUAAAGUCAAGUCUGUUCGACCGUGCUGCCCAACGCUUUGCUGUCGCUUGA